AUGGAACACGAGUUCAAGGUUGAAGUUGAAGAUGGAGAUGUAAUUGUUGCAGGCAGUGAUGGAUUAUUUGAUAACUUAUUUGAAGAAAAUAUCAUUGAGAUCGUAAACAAAGUGACUGGUUCCAUUGGCAGGUAUCCAUACUGGGUGGCUUCGAUGAUCGCUGAGUCUGCAAAGAUCAUUUCCAAAGACAAAUAUCUUACCACACCUUUCUCACUUGAGGCAAAGAUGGCUGGUUGCAGACAUUCUGGAGGGAAAAUAGAUGACAUUACUGUUCUUGUUGCUUUUGUAGUCUCAUCUCAUCAUCAUUCACUUGAUUUUUAA